AUGUCAAUUAAAAAGAGAUCAGAACCAGAAAAAAAUGGUACUGUAGUUAAAAAACAAACUACAGCUAAACCAGUAAAAACAGAAUCAAAACCACCACAACAACAAGCACCAACCAAACAACAAGCACCAACUAAACAACAAGCACCAACUAAACAACAAGCACCAACUAAAAAACAAGCACCAACUAAACAACAAGCACCAACUAAACAACAACCAAUAAAAUCAGCAUUAAAGAAAACAGAAACAUUACCAAGCAAAACUGUAACAACUAAAGUUGAACCAAUAAAAGCCAAAUCAAAAUCAAAUAAAAAAACUAAAGAAUUUACAACCCAAUCAAUUUCAGUUGGAUGUUAUGAAAAUUCAAUUUUAGGUUUCGAUGCAACAUAUGUUGGAGGAGGUAUUGCAGAGGAAGGUUUUGAAGUUGACCUUCAAAUGAAAUAUGGUUAUUCUUCACACACUGGUUGUGUAAAAUCAUUAGCUUCAACUAAAAAUAUUUUAGUAAGUUCAAGUACUGAUGAAACUUUAAAAGUUUAUGAUUUAAAAAAAAAAGUUGAAUUUGGACAAUUAUCAAAACAUGAAGGAUUUGUAACAAGUAUUGAAUUUUAUAAGAAUACACAUAUGUUUGCAGGAUCAAUGGAUAAUACAAUUAGUGUUUGGAGAGUAAGUGAUUGGGAAUGUCUAAAGGUUAUGUCUGGAGCAAAAGGUGCAAUCAAUUCAAUUUCAGUUCAUCCAUCUGGUAAAGUUGCAUUAUCAGUUAGUAAAGAUAGAAGAUUGUUCCUUUGGGAUCUUACAAAAGGUACAAGUGCACAUUUCCUUAAAUUUAAAUCUGAAGGUUUCAUAGUACAAUGGUCACCUUCUGGUGAACAUUAUGCUAUAGUUUUUAAAGAUAAACUUGUUAUUUAUAAUUCUUCAAAUUUUGAAGAAUUAGUUUCUUUAGAAUUUAAAUUACAAAUUUUAGCAAUUAAAUUUUUAGAUGAUAAUACAUUAAUGGUUGGUGGUGAAGAUAAAUUAUUAACAUUUAUUGAUUAUAAAAAUGGUGGUAAAAUUACUAAACAAUUAAUGGGUCAUGAAAAUAGAAUUAAAGGUAUUGAUUUAUUGAGAUUUGAUGGUGUUGAUAAAACUUUUGUUGUUACAAUUUCAUCAGAUGGUUUAAUUAUUGUUUGGAAUCCAGCUGAAACUAUAUUACCUGUUGGUUGUGCUGAAACUGGUUUUAGAUUAACAACUUUAUCAAUUGGUCAAGUCUCAAAUAUUAAAUCUAUUGAUGAUAGUGAAGAUGAAGAUGACCAAGAUGAUGAUGAUGAAGAUGAAGAUGAUGAUGAUGAUGAAGUUGAUAGUGAAGAAGAGGAAGCAAUAGCAAAUCAACCAACUAAAAAAAUGAAAGUUAAUAUAGAGAUGGAAGAUGAAGAUGAAGACGAAGAAGAUGAAGACGAUGAAGAUGAAGAUGAAGAAGAUGAAGAUGAAGGUGAUGAAGAAGGAGAAGAUGAUGAUGAUGAAGAAGAUGAUGAAUAA